GCUUUGCGGCGGCGCCGCUGCCGGCUAAUGCGGAGGGGCGCCUGGAGGCGGCGUGGCGUCCGCUCGGGCUCCGACUCCGGUUCUAGCUCUGGCUCUGGCUCUCGAUUCUAGCCCGCGUGCCCGCGCAGUCCCCUCCCCGAGAACCAUCCUCUUGCCCCGCCCAGCGUGAGGGGCGCGCGGCCGCCGAGAGACCCCGGAGGCGUAGCCGGCUGCGGAGGUGAAGAAGCGGGAGCGCGAGCUGGGACCAGCGUCUCGGAGGCGCCGCAGGGUACAAAUACAAACUUGGACCUGGGAAAUAGAAGUCACUUCUGACUAAUUUUUCCCUUCAGAAUUCACAGAUGGAUUCAGUGGAGAAGACAACAAAUAGAAGUGAACAAAAAUCCAGUAGAAAGUUUUUAAAAAGCCUCAUCCGGAAACAGCCCCAGGAGCUGCUCCUGGUUAUCGGGACUGGUGUCAGCGCAGCAGUGGCCCCGGGAAUCCCUGCCCUUUGCUCGUGGAGAAGCUGCAUCGAGGCCGUCAUUGAGGCCGCAGAGCAGCUGGAGGUGCUGCACCCCGGAGAUGUCGCCGACUUCCGGAGGAAAGUGACAAAGGACCGGGACCUGUUGGUUGUCGCCCAUGAUCUGAUCCGGAAGAUGUCACCUCGCACAGGCGACACCAAGCCCAACUUCUUCCAGGACUGCCUGAUGGAGGUGUUUGACAACCUGGAGCAGCACAUCCAGAACCCUCUGGUGCUGCAGUCGAUCCUCCGCCUGAUGGACAGGGGCACCAUGGUCCUGACCACCAACUACGACAACCUGUUGGAGAUCUUUGGGCAGCAGCAGAGCAAGCCCAUGGAGUCUCUGGACCUGAAGGACAAGACUAAGGUCCUUGAGUGGGCAAGAGGGCACAUCAAGUACGGCGUCCUCCACAUUCACGGCCUCUACACGGACCCCUGCGGGAUGGUGCUGGACCCAUCGGGGUAUAAAGACGUCACUCAAGACGCAGAAGUCAUGGAAGUCCUCCAGAACUUAUACCGCACCAAGUCCUUUCUGUUUGUGGGCUGUGGAGAGACCCUUCGUGAUCAGAUAUUCCAGGCCCUCUUUCUCUACUCCGUGCCAAAUAAGGUGGAUUUGGAGCACUACAUGCUGGUGCUGAAGGAGAAUGAAGACCAUUUCUUUAAGCAUCAGGCAGAUAUGCUUCUGCACGGAAUCAAAGUUGUAUCCUACGGGGACUGUUUUGACCAUUUUCCAGGAUAUGUGCAAGACCUUGCCACUCAGAUCUGCAAACAGCAAAGCCCAGGUAAUGCAUGCCAGGACUGUGCAAAGAGGAAGUUAGAAGAGAAUGGAAUUGAAGUUUCAAAAAAACUCAGACAAUCAGAUACUGAUGAUGCUGGAGGGUCUUGAAAUCUUUUAAAACCAGUAAAACCUGCAACUUGAAAACCAGCCUUCUGUAACCACAGUGCCCAAACGAAGAGGAGUGUAUGGAGAACUCCACGUGGAUCUCUGAUUGCGAAACCUCACAUACACCAAGAGAGCCACAUGGGCACACGUGUGGCCCUCAAGGCUGGGUGAGAGGGCUCCCCUGUGUGUUGAACUGUGCAGGAGGUGACUUCAGGUGGACUUUGCAAGGACUGAUGGACAGCUACCUCAGGGGCCAGAAUCCAUGGGAAGGGGUGGACCUGGUGUUCCCGUUCCUAUCUGACAGGCUCUCUUUUGUCAAGGUGGUAUUUUUUGUAAUAAAAGGGGAAGAGUAAAGACUGUUCAAGCAACAGUAGUUGCCAAAGAGAAAAUACAAAAUAGACAUUUAUUUUAUUUUAUUUUUUUUUGAGUCAGAGUCUCACUGUCACCCAGGACAGAGUGCAGUGGCGCGAUCUCAGCUCACUGCAGCCUCAACCUUCUGGGCUCAAGUGAUUCUCCUGCCUCAGCCUCCCGAAUAGCUGGGAUUACAGGCGUCUACCACCAUGCCUGGCUAAUUUUUGUAUUUUUAGUAGAGUUGGGAGUUUCACCAUGUUGGCCAGGCUGGUCUCGAACUCUUGACCUCAGGUGAUCCGCCCGCCUCAGCCUCCCGAAGUGCUGGGAUUACAGGCAUGAGCCACUGUGCCCAGUGAAAUAAACACAUCUUAUAAUUUGUUUAUGGAAACAUGUUACUAUAGAAAGCAUUUUAAAGGUAUGUUUGUUCCACUGUUAAAUAGUAAAGAAUGAAUCUGCUAGUGAAAAUGGUAUGUUUUUAGGGAGAACAACUGGAUGGAUCAAAGGGCUUCUUUGGAAUUAGGUUGUUUUAGUAACUUCUGUUCCAAAGAAACACAGGUCUGAUAUUGCUAAGAACUGUGAAAUCGGAGGAGCCAGAGGCCCUUUGCAGAAGUUCAGGCCAGCGUUGUGCAGGGCCACUGUGGCACUGACAACCGGGACAGCCCAAGUUUGAAAGACCAGGUUUCAAACAUUAUAAAUUCCAGGCUUUGCAAGUCUGUUAUUGUCUCUUAAAAUUCUCUUCUAUGGCCCAUAUUAAGGGAGUUUGCAGAGAGUGAGGGAGGCAGAACUUGAAAAGGGCCUGCAACACUUUAAACCUUCUCAGGUUCACCCACAUGAAACGGCUGUGCUGGGUGCGCUGCUGAUGCCCGGGGAACUUCUCUGUGAAGCAGCAGCUGCUUCUGUGGUGGUUCAUGAGUGGCCCUACAGUGGGGGGUUCUCUUUGGAAACAAACGGCCCUGCUUGGUUUCAGUUUGAGGCCACUUAUCUUCAAUGGGACAUUUCUUGCCAAGCCCUGUGACACUCCCCAUGGAUGACUCCCACAGGUACAGAGAAUGUUAAGAACAGGAAACAGAAGGGUAGGAUGCAAAGGGAGGGAGAUAAGCCUGAAAACUUUUUUUUUCUUUUUGAAGCAUGGAAAACAAAUCUUUUAUGCCACUCCAGCCAUAAAUAAAAUUUUAACUUCAA